GCAAGCCAGUGAAAUUCCACCUUCGCUGCUACAUCAGCAUGGCCCGAAACCUGCAAUGCGAGGGCUCACGGGUGCCCAGCUCCUUCGUCGAGAUUGCCUGUGCUGGCCAACGUCAGCGAACUGCCGUGAUACCACAAACAUCUUCGCCCAACUGGUCGGAUAUGCUCACAUUGGACAUCAGCCUCCAGUGCUCUUUGCAGAACAUGCGGUGCUAUCCAGAGCCAAUACAGCUGACAGUCUAUGACGUGGUGGGAAAGUCUCUGAUGGACAAAGUUGCCGACCUUGCCAGCAAUGCAAAGCAGGUGGCAUCUAGUGCAAUGGCUGGCCAGCUCAUCAACAACAAAGAUGGAUCCCUGGACUUCAAUGACGAAGCGGGGCUGGCUGAAGUGGACUUUGCAAAAAUGGGGGAGGAGUACUCCGGCUAUGUCAAGGACCAAGCCCUCGCCACCAUGAUGGGUGACGUGAUGGCCGCCAAACGCCUCGGAGAGGUCAAGGGCGGUCGGCGAGUGAUCGGGAGGCAGAAGAUCAACUUCAGGAAGCUGCUCCACCCGCUGACGACAUAUAAGAUGCGACAGCGCUGGCUGAAGCUGAAGGGAGGUGUUAUGGCUACCGGCUGGGCUGGGGACAUCAUGAUAGGAUUCGAGAUGAUGAGAGCCAAGUAUGCUUCAGACUUCCCGCCGAAGCUGAUGAAGCCCCCUGGCAAGCCCUGCUUGGUCUCCGUAAGUAUCGUGGGCCUCCGCAACAUUACCUUGAAUGAGGAGCUGAAAGGCGAACCUGUCUUGGAGGUGGUGGUGCCAUCUGUCAAGCCCGAUCCAAACAAACCUGAACCAAAGGCCAAAGCCAAGGCCAAGGCCAAGGCUGUUGCAGCUCCUGAGGCAGGCAAGGGCAAAGGCAAGGAGGGGAAGGGCAAGGACGGGAAAGGCAAAGGCAAGGAGGGCAAGGGAAAGGGCAAGAAGGGGCAAGUGCCCGAAGCGGUUGUUGUUGCGGAGGUAAAGGAGGAAGAGAAGCCCAAGGCCAAGGAAGGAAAACAGAAGGACAAGGAAAAGGAGAAGGACACCAAGACGGGUAUGGAGGGUCUACACAUGGCUGAAGGGAGCGAUGCCAUCCAAGAGAUGAGCCAGUGGGUGGAGUUUCAGAAGAAGCCGGACUUUCGCCUGCACGACAAAGACACCAACAAGAAGUGGACCGCCAGCGGGCGUACAGGCUAUGAGUUUCUCAACGUUGUCCAUCUGGCAACCCUGCAGCAUUCAGCCGCACUUCUGCCAAAGCUUCCGGUCUACGAGCCUGACCUUCGUUUCCGCCUGAGGGAUGAUGCCGCAAACAGCCUACUUGCGGAGGGUCGCAUUGGCCUGGCUGAGCAUUUGCCUUGGGUGACGGAUCCGGAAAAGGCAAAGCGCGCAACAGAAGCCCGCGACAAGUACUCUGACAGUGAAGAUGGCGACCGCAAUGAAGGCAUGGUUGUGAGCGAUGCCGACGACGAAGGCUUCAACUGCAUGCUUGCUGGGAGGGUCAGGACGCCCGCCAAGAUCGCCUUCAAUGCCGAUGAUAAGACGAGCUUUCCGCCGGUGAUUACCGCUUGCAGCGAGAAGGGCCAGGUUGCUGCCAAGGGGAUCGGCGUUGGUGACUGGCUGGUUGCUGUUCAGAAAAAGGAGGAGCCCCAGCAACAAACCGUCACCUGGAGCCCGGCAAAGGCCAAUGAAUUCAUAGAGACAUGCGACAAAGAGAAAAUCAGGCCAUUGAAGCUCGUCUUUCGAAGGAAGGACAAGAUUGAAGUCCACGUUCGCUUGUUGAAUGGGCCGCACAACCUGGAGCUGGCUAACAGCAAAGACGAGAUGCCUCCGAAGAUCAUGAAAGACAACUCAAAGGCACAACGUGUGAUGCCGAAGUUCAAGCAGCUGCUUCAGCUGCGCCCCGCCAUCAUCACCUGCAGACCCCACGGUCUGGCAGCCCGGGGUGACUCUGACAGGGCCAUUCAGGAAGCCAAGCCCGUGAUGUUGAGCGGGGUGGCCUCCAAAGUCUACAAGGCAUACGAACACAAGCUGAGGCACAAGGAUGGUCCUUUGGCCUUCAUGCGUGUUCCCAGGCCAAGCGCCGUGCUACCCGAUGUGGUGAACACGCAGCAUCUGAACUGCCGUCCUGCCCGAGCUGCCUGCUUGGAUGUCCAGGGGCUGGCGCGGUUCAUUGCUGGAGGUGAGGAGGAGGAUGACAAAGCCAGGCCCACCGUACAAGGAUGCCUGGAGCACAACAUGAGCCCGGCGGUCUUCCGCAACAUCCCCCUUUUCAGUGGUGCCACGGAGGUUGGCCAGGUAAAAGCCCGUUUCAAGGUCAUCUCGCCACCGAACCAGAAGUGGAUGAAUGGCAAGGAAGGCACCGGCGAAGACAAGGUCUUCUUUAACGAGAAGCUGCUGCGCAAGCGCUUCAAAAUUGAUCAACCUCACUCCCUGCGUGUGCGAACCUACAUCAUCCGGGGCCUGAACGUCAGCGGCGCUGUGUCCGGCUACGGCAACCCUUACUUGUACUUCAUGUACGGCGCUAGCAAGGUCUCCCUUGAGGGCCAUCGCCAGAUGCAAUCCGUUGAGCCACGAUACUUCCGCACUGAGGAGACCGACAUCAAUUUGCCGGAACAGUCCUACUUUGAGAUCGGCCUCUUCGACUACCAGGAGAACGGCGAGGACUUGCUUAUCGGCAAGAGCGUGCUGGACCUUGAAGACAGGUUCUACACGCGAGACUAUAUGAUCAUGAUGAAGAACAAGAAGGUUCCCAUUGAGUAUCGGCCAUUGAACUGCGAGACAAUCGACCCGAACACCGGCGACCUGAGCACCAUUUCCAAAGGAUCGCUGGAGAUGUGGAUUGAGCUCCUGGACACCACGACUGCGGCGGAGAUUCCUGUGAGCAAGCUGCUCCAGCCGCCUGCAAUGGUGGAAAUUCGGCUCAUUUGCUGGACUGUCCACGACCUUCAGAUGCGAAUGUGCACGGAUGAAUACGGAGACCAGCGGGACAACAUCAGCAUCCGCUGCCGCUGUUCCAUCGACUGCCGAACUUACAAUGGACCCCAGCCCAGAGAGCAGGAGACCGACCAGCAUGACUCCUGCGUGGGAGAUGGCGAGUUCAACUGGCGUUUCCUGUUCUCACGCAUCCAAGUCACCAAGGGAGUUCCCAUCGACUGCUUUCUGCAUCUAAGUGUCUGGGAAUACUUCGCUUUAUCCCGCCCGGUCAUGCUCUGCGAGAGCCUUCUUGAGCUCAAGAGCUAUGUGAAGAAGGUGUCAGAAGAUCGCAUGAUGCUGGAAAUGGAGGCAGAUCUGCCAUUAUCCAACAAUCAGUUGUAUGCAGAGUUGAAGAAAGAGAUGAAGGGCGAAGGUGGGGUGGCAGCCAGUGGUGACGGCGAUGACGAGGAGCCUCCUCCAGAGGAGGAAGAGGAGGCCGAAGGAGAUGGCGCCGCUGGCGAAGGUCUUCCUGGCGCAGAGGAAGAAGAGAAGGCCAUACCCCCAGCUGCCUACAUGAAGAUUGUCUUGCAAGUGGUGGCCCAGACGGAAGCUUCCAACGAGAACAACAAGGUUGGCAUCGCAAGGAAUGAGCCUAACCGCAACCCAUCCUUGCCGUUCCCGAAGACUGGUCGAGACUGGCGUUACUCCAUGCCGACAGCAGCUAAUGUGGUGGAAAAGGUCAUGGACGCCUUGAGCCCAUCAAAGCGUGGACCACUGAUAACACUCGUCUUGUUCAUCAUCAUUUUCUCGAUCAUCUCGAACGUGCCUUUCGACGCCGACCUGCAGUGCGUGACCACUGUGAAGCAGAGCUGCUACGAUGUAGAUGUGUGCUACAACUGCAACUGCUGCGGCAGAAUCAGUGGAGACAUGACGGAUGCCAAGAAGCAGAAGCUUUGCAAAUGGCAGUUCAUCUUCUUGAGCCGAACAGUGGAUGAGGUGUGCACCAAUCUUGCUGAUUGCAAUCUAGCCGAAGGAGCCACUUGCAGUGCAGAUAAAGAUGGCACAACCUGCAUGGUUGAGAUUGCUGCUGUCGCGAGCCUUGCAAGCUUCCACAGGCUCUCUGCAUGCCCAUGA